AUGCCUCCUGGUGUGACGGCGCCUAGCUUGCACCACCGCGAAGGGACAGUUCAGCUUCUUAUAUCUCAACUUGGGAAGCUGGAGUCUGCAUUGGUACUUGGCUCAGCUCUGGAAGGCCAGACUCAUCAACUAGGAAUGAUGGAGACUUUUGCAUUCCCAUUCGCCAUGGCUAGAACUCAACGCCUCUGA